UUCUAACCUUCUAUACUCUACAGUAAAAGUUCGUUACUUCGAAGUCAAACAGUUCUCUCGCCGUACCGUUAUGUUCUCGUUUUAAAGUUUUAUAUUUUAUUCUUUAUUAAUUGAUCAAUCAUUCAGUUCUUGCUUAUGUGCUUUGCCGGGCUCGCCGCAUAAAAAUUGGAAGGAUGAGUGCAAAUAUUUCAUUGAUGGAAGAAGAUAGUGCUGAUCUUCUGGGUCACAAGAUGUAUGAUCAACUGAAGCCCCAAAGACAGAAAUUACGAAGUCUGUGGCACGAAUUAUAUGGCACCGAUCCUGUGAUCGAAACUACCCGGCAGGAUGCAGUGAUGAAACACGUAACUGACCUGUUUACAAAAAUGAUUGAAGAAGAGGAAGAAAACAAGGAAGAAACCAUUGAACGGGUUGAAAGUUUGUUGAAGGAACAAGCAACCUUGGAACGGGAGCUCCAUAUUGAAAUCAAAGCUAACGUCAAUGAUAAGGCACCUCUCUGCGAAAUAGAGGCAAAUCUUCACAGUGCCCUAGAGUCUUAUCGGUGUAUCAAAACUGAGCGUCUGGCAAUGUUGCAAAAUUAUGUAACGAAGGAGAAACAGAUUUGUAAACGAUUAGGAACCACUCCACAAAUUAUCGAUUAUAUAGGUGUGCCUUCAGAGGAUGAAUUAUUGAAUUUUCAGAAGCAUUUGACUGAUCUUGAACAGAAAGUGGCCGAGCGAGAGCAGAUUUUUGUGGAAAAAAAAUGUGAGAUCCUGGAUCUUUACAGUAGAUUAGAAGCCAAAGCAACUCUCAGUUUCGAACUAGCUGUCACUCGUGAAAAUGAAAAAACGUUUAAACUUACAGAUAACAACUUGGAAAAACUUGAGGAAUUACUUGUGUCAUUACGAAGCCAAGAGGAUCGAGCUAAAGCAGAAGCUGAGGAACUCGUGAGUAAGUUGAGCCUAAUUUGGGAGAGGCUUCAUGAAAGCAAUGAAUACAGAGAGCAAUGUCUCAUUACGCACUCUGGCUAUGGAAAAUCAGCCAUCAACGGGCUUAAGCAAGAGCUCAAACGCUGUGAGGAACUUAAACGUAAACACAUUCAGCAUUUUAUCCAAGAAGUUCGCCGCGAAAUUGAAAGUUGGUGGUAUAGACUCCACUAUGCUGAAAACCAAAAGAACAUGUUUGAAGCUUAUCUCUCCCAGGACUUCAGCGAAGAAUUACUGGAGUUGCAUGAGCUAGAAGUCAGCAAAUUAAGACAAUAUUAUGAAAAGAACUGUGCUUUAUACCAGUUGAUCGAUGAAAGGAACAAACUCUGGGACAAAAUGAACGAGUUGAAUGACAAAAGCAAGAAUGCAGAUCGUCUAUUCAAGAACAGAGGUGGGCAGCUUCUGAAGGAAGAAAAAGAACGCAAGCAAAUUGCAAGAGAUCUCCCGAAGAUAGAGAAAGAGCUUAAAAAACUAUUAUGUGAGUAUGAGACAGCGAACGGAUCACCCUUUCUCUUUGAUGGUGUCUCAUUCUUGGAAUUAAUGGAAGAUCAAUGGAAGGAAAAUAGUGCCUGCAAAGAAGCUCAAAAAAUAGCCCGAAAAGUGGCCAAUUCAACAAUAGCUCCAAGUCCAUUAGUUGAUAGGAAGAGGAAGGUAAAUACCCCUGCCACCUCACAAAGCAAUAUUUCAAAACGACCAAGGAAUGAAGCAACCCCUUCCAAGACUCCAAACCGUGUGAAAAUACGGAGAAUGCAGAACACACCCAGCACCACCAAGAUCCCUUCAGUCCCGUUAACAAGAUCUCAAAGAGGGUAUAAGUUUGCGCCACCUACAAAACCUGCUCAAACACAUUCUUUCAGCUUUCGUUCUCCAUCCACCAAUACAUCAUCAUCAUCUUUGGCUUCUUAUUCAGUUUUUCAGGAGCAUUUGGAUGUCAGAGAGAAAACACAUAUUAUGCCCUGCCGUAGCUCUACGUCAACUCGUGCUGCAUUAAAAGAGAACACUCAGGUCGUUGAAAUUCCAUUGAAAAGCACUCCAAUUAGGACACCCAUGAAACACACCAUGAUCAAGACACCACGCUCUGCAUCAUCGAAAAUUCCUACUCCAAAUCGUUUUACCGGCCCAAGACUAACAACAAUGCGAGGCAAGCUCCCAAUCAUCAUCUAGCACAAUUCCCAGCCAUUAUCUUAGGACCUACUUGGUAUGCUUCAUACGCUUGUACCUCACCUACUAUGUAUGCUUCCCUCUUUGAUCCAAAAGACAUUUCUCUUUUGAUCUACAGCUAAAAUAGUUGUUUUUAUGGUCCUCGUGCAUUUUUACCCAGUUAGUUCGACUCAAAGCAUUUUUCAGUCACUUAUCAUUUGACCUAAAAUUUAUUCAUCCAAUGUUACCUAAACCUACUACAGACUGUACAAAUAGAUCAGACACGGCUUUUGAAAGUGUCUUUUCUUGCACCCUGUAGAUGGCAACAUUUGAUGCAGGCACGGACCUGUUUACCCCAAAGGAGGCAUAUUAGCCUAUUUUCCCAUUGUGUCUACAUCCGAUCCAUCAUCCCUGGCGCCUUAUCUAACCUGAUUCGGAUUGAGCUUGAAAUAACAAUGAAAAAUAUAUGUAUAAUCACAAGCAAAUAUCUUGGAAAGUUCAUGAAUCAAUUGUGAAACUAAUAACAAUGCAAUUUUGUCAUUCACUCACUCACAAUUAUAUUUCCUCAUUAACAUAUGUAUUUUUCUCACGAUUAAAUUUCCUUAUAAAUGUACAUAUUUUUCUAGCAAUUACAUAUCCUUACAAAUAAAUUCAUUUUUCAUCAAAAUUGCUAGCUUAAUCGGAAUUUGUAGAAAUAAACACAAUUUUGAUGAGGGUAAAAAAAGUUGUGAGCAACUUUCCUUCGGCCCGUAGGUACGAAGAGGCAAUGGCAAGGGAUGUAUGGAAGACAAUGGAAUGGUCGGAGAAAAAGCCGGACAACGCCCCAAUAUGACUCAGGCAUUAGACAUUGCUAUUCAUAGGGUGUGUGAAAAUAAUCUUUUAUAAACAAUGUCUUAUCUAUCUGCACAGACAAAAGCGAGGGAUGCAGCAAUGGAGUAAUUUGUUAAUUAUCAGUUUUGAGGAUGGUGGUAAAGAAUUUGCGAUUAUAUCAGUGAUCAGAGUUGUGCCUUCCAGGUACAAGUUUGGAUCAAUGCUUGUCACAGUAUAAAGUUUUAUAAGUUUAUAUAAGUAUAAGUUGUGUAAGUAAGCUGUUGUAAGCUGUAUAAGUUUUCAGCAUGCUGUCUGCCAACAAAAGAUGAUAGAUCAAUGGGUUGAUGACCAGAGCACCAAAGAGUGGAUGCUUUUACUUUUAUGUUGGUAGAUGAUGUUUAUGAAGCUUUCAGUCAACAUAGGCCUGUACGUAUAGUCAUUCCACAGACAGCUAGCUCUCUUUUCUUUACAGAGGCUCUUCAUUGUUUAGGUACUAAAUUUGAAACCAAGGGAGGUAGGUGUAAGGAGGUCCUUGAUAUGGCAUCAUAAAGAGGACAAUUUCUCCAAACCUAAAUAAGAGAAAUUCCACUAUCAAACUUCAGGAACAAAUUAUUGCAAAAGUAAAAAAAAAAUUUAGCUACCACGAAGAAUACACAGGUAUAAAGUUAAUGGUUUAGGCAAAAGCUUAGGUAGGCAAGCAAGGACCUGUUUCAACAUUUAAAAAAUCUUCAAUUUUCUUUGUUUCCAUGUUGCAUAUUUGUAAAUGCACGGCAUUGUGAUAUGUGGUAAGGAUCAAUUUUCAAAGUCUCACGGUUGGAUUGACUUCAAGUAUGUUAAAAUUGUCUCAUUCAUGAAACUCUGUGAAAGGCUUUCCUAAUCGCAGUAUGAAGUAUAUGAAGCUUUGCUAUGGAAAGAGUUGUCUAAGGAAUGACUAUAUACGGCCCUAAAUUACCUACUGUCUUAUGAAUUUUUGGACCUGGCUAACCAAUUUGACAAAAUCGAUGUAAACAGCACCGAACGAAAAGGAAUCAUCUCCCCCUUCCUUCCUGAAAAUAGCCCAUUUGCUUCCUUUCCUACAUUGCAGUUGAAUCAAUUUAAAGCAGUCUGACAGCAUUAAAAGUGAAGGAAUAAUUUUUCAGAGAGAUUGUACAUAAUUUUCUUGACUUAUUUAAGUUAUUCAUUUUGUGUCUUUUUUCUUUGACAAUCAAGGGAAAAAACUAGAAACACCUCCACUUUGGUUAGGUAUGUGGACAAACUAGGAACCUCUAUUCAAGUUUUUCCCAUUUUUUUUAUUCACCCUGUAGGUACGACACCUAGUAGGUACUCUGGAGGUAUUUUGGAGACACUUCUUACAAAUCAAAUGCUGUGUAGAAUUGAGACUGAUGAGAAAACAGCGGUUGUACAGGUAAAUUGACGACAAAGUGAAAUAAAAAUGCAUUUUGGUCUCAUUGUGUAAGUAUUUUGAGUCUAGGGCAAGUAGCCUGACAUCAUUUAAAAAAGAAUUUCUUGUAUCUGUUUCCAUAAGAAGGAAUUUGCAUACUUACGCUGCCAUGAAAAGUGCUCAAUUUUCAAGGCCUUUGUAAAUUGCUAGAUUUGUCCCAAUGGCCUGUUUUCAAGGGUAUCUGAAAAUCAUUAGAAAUGACAAAUCGGUUGACCUUGAAACAAGUCACUUACUUUGAUGCGUUGGACUUGUCAGUGCGCCGCAGCCCUAGACGCAAACCAAAGUGAGCUGCGUUGAUGGUACUUAACCUUGGCCUCAUGGAUUGGUUCUAUCAACACGUUUUCGAUUAUUUUCUGGCUCAUUGUAUCAUUUAUUAAGUAUGUGUACAAGAAGUGUAACCAACUGUACACUUCUUUAUUAUUAUUCCAUUUCUUUUUGCUCUGUCACAAUAAUCAAGUUUCUUUGCUACGUAAGGCUUGCUUUCUUCAACUCGUGUCCUCUGUGAUUCUGGUUGAUUCUGCCUCUUUGGUAAAUAUUUACCAUGGCACUUCAGUAAACAUGUCUUAUUGCAUAUUUGUAAAUACUUUUGUACUUGUUUUUAGUUUUGUAAAUAAAUGAAAAGAAGGGCUUUUCAUGGCAAUUCUUUUUUCUCUCUAA